UCAAAUAUAUAUAUACAUGCACAAUCAAAAUCACAAACCCUAAUCUGCAUCCAAAAGAGAAAAAAGAAGUUACUAUUAAACAAGAUGGAGGCUCUCCGGCGUUUCCUCCUCCCCUGCCUCCGCCACACCGCCGCCGCUCCCACCAACUCUCCGGCCGUCGCCAAAAAACGCCUCAGCUCCUCCCUCCGCGUGGAUCUCGACGACAAUGACGAAAGCUUCGAAUUAGAACACUCACCGUCGUCCUCAUCGUCAACAAGCCCCACCACAACCACCGCCGCCGUCCCAUACGCGCCGCCGCGCCCCUCCCGGACAAUGGUGAUCGGAACAAUCUUCGGCCACCGGAGAGGCCGCCAUGUGUUCUUCUGCAUACAGCUGAACCGGCUCACCUCCAGACCGGCCCUCCUUCUAGAACUUUCCAUCCCAAUCUCCACUCUGAUCCACGAAAUGCGCUGCGGCCUCGUCCGCAUCGCCCUCGAAUUCACCGCCGCCGCCGUCGCCGCCGCGUCGGAGCUGAGCCACUGCCCUCUCCGAUCGAUCCCCCUCUGGACGCUAUACUGCAACGGAAAAAAGCUCGGAUUCGCCGUCCGGCGAAAGGCGACGCCGGAGAACAAAGCGAUGCUGAAGACGAUGCGGAGCAUUACAGUCGGGGCGGGUAUGAUUCCCGGGUGCGGGUACGGGUCGGGUUCGGGCGAGAUCAGCUACAUACGGGCGAAUUAUGAGUGUGUUGUGGGUAAUGCAGAUUCGGAAUCUUUCCAUUUGAUUAAUCCUGAUGAAGGUCCUGGUCAGGAACUCAGUGUUUUCUUACUCAGGUCCAGAUGAUCCAUCCUAUUAAUUAAUUAAUUAAAAUUUAUUUGUAAGAUGAUCAAAAAAUCAUGUCUGAAAUUUCUUCAAUUUGGUUGGAAUGAUGAAAUGAGGGUUUUUUUUAUUAUUUUUUAUUACUCCACACUAGUGAAAUUCCGAAAUUAGGGUGGAUCGAUUAAAUUACUUAUAUCAAUAUUGUGCACAAUUUUGUUAAUUAUGUUAUGUCCUAAACUCAGUUGCUUCUAGAGUAUAUCAUGUGUUGUUAAUUUAUGUAAUAUAUUUGUAUUAUGUUAAUACAAACAAUAUAUUGUCUGUG